GUCUUAGGAUCAACGCAUGACUCAUGCCUCAGAAUCAAUCAAGUGUGCCAAAACAAAAACAGAGUUACCAAUUCUCUUUUUCUAUCUCUUUUUUCUUGUUGCUGAUUUUAUUGGGAAACAAUCACAUUCACAGCUUUACAUUCUAUUGGCUUCACAUGGAUGUCUACACAGGACAACUUCAGAUAUAACAAUGAGUUGCAAGAAAAGGACUCUGAACUGGUUAAUCUUCCAGCUGAGCUGAUAUCUGGAUUCUUCUUUAUCCAAAUUGCUACCUAUGUUCUAUGAGAUUUUAAUAUUUCAGGGCUUUUUUAUGUUUGAAAUUGAAAACUAAGGAAAUGGAAAAGGUUUGUGAAUUCUGCUCAGCUUUGAGGCCCCUUGUUUACUGUAAGUCUGAUGAAGCAUAUCUUUGUCUGUCCUGCGAUGCGAAGGUCCAUUUGGCAAAUGCAUUGUCCGGCCGACACCUCCGGACCCUUGUGUGUAACUCGUGCAGAUACCAUCUUGCUUAUGUUCGGUGCUUGGAGCACAAAAUGUUAAUCUGUCGAGACUGUGAUCAAAAGAUGCAUGAUGUUUCUUUACCGCAUCAUAGGCGACCUAUCAGAUCUUUUAUGGGUUUCCCUUCUGCCAGAGACUUUGCAGCACUCUGGGGUUUUGAAUUGAAUGAGAUUGAAAACAGUGCCAAUCAGGACCAGUUUGCAUCUAGUUCUUCUGUUUCUGCACAUUUGAAUGUUGUACAAGUUUCAGGAAAGCCUGACAUUCGAACAAGGGGGGGCUUAAGCAGUCAACAUGACAAGGUAUUGUACUGUGAUCAAGAGCGACGAGCUAUUUUGCAGCAGAUUGUUGAUUUAAAACGGUUUCAGCUAAAUGAGGAGAGUGGCCAUUCUGCAAAGAUAAAUGGGUUAAGAGAAAAAGACUUGUCUCCUUCCGUAUAUCAUACUCAAAAGAAAUUAGAUGACAAGUUCAAUCAGCAAGCACAAAAUUCCCAGGAUCUUGCUACUAAUCUUCUUCGAACAGGCAGUUCCCAUGCAGAGAUGAAUCCUGAAACUUUCUCUUCUACGUUUUCUGAACUUGAUAGUUUGUCUUCAUCUUCAGUUAUAGAGCUUCCCUUGCAUGGAGAGUUGUUUUGGACAUCGAGAAUUCCACUUCAAAAUAAUCAGUUGUGGUCUCAAAAUAUUCAAGACCUUGGGAUAUGUGAAGAACUUGUUUGUCAGGAUGAUUUUAACAUACCUGAUGUUGACUUAACCUUCCAAAACUUUGAGGAACUAUUUGGAGGAGAUCAAGACCCAAUUAGAGUAAUGCAUGGUGAUGAAGAUGUCUCCUUCUCUUCUUUAGAGAAGGAUAUGUCAGUCGAUAAGUCAGAUAUCUUCAAUACAAGUGCAAUGGAGGACUCUUCGGCAGCUGCAUCCGUUACUAUUUCGCACUCUGAUCAUGAGAACAAGGAUAUGAAUCCUCUCAACCAGUACAAUCUAAGAAGCAGGGAUCAUGCACAUACAAUUCGGCCUUUUCAGUCAACUAUAUCACUCUCCGAUUUGAGAUUCAGUGCUGAAAGUAAUCACAGUGAUCGCAAUGACAGCGCCCUUUCUCCCUACAGUGAAGGGAAAGACUAUUUUGGAAAUUAAGUUGAAUUGAGGAUUGCACAUGUGGAGGCUAAACUCUAAAGGACAUGUCACUGUGAAGUAUAAAGAGAAAAAGUCUCAAUUGUGGGUUCUUAGUGCCUUGUGCGUCAAUGCAACCUUGUUCUUUAGCUGAGCAUUUUUUAUGUGCUGUCCAUUCAUGACCUACCUCUACCUGUUAGGAUUUCUUGACUCACUAAUUUGGUUCAAUCUCCAUCACAAAUAUUGUUGUUGGUGUUGACUGUUGAUCACAGUGAUGCAUUUUAUCCAUAGAAAUGUUAAUUAUUAAAUAGAUUAUGUAUUUUCACAA